AUGGCAAACUUCUCCGUUGAAUGGCUCUCCAAAAGCUAUUACGAGGAGAUGACCCCUCGUUCAAAAGUUCAUAGAGAAAUGGAGGAAUUUACAAAAGCACCAGGGAGCCAGUGCUCUCCGACGUCGCCAAACAGCAGCUGCGGUGACACUUCGGGGUCUGAGAGCGAGGUGGGAGAUGACAGCGAGGGGGAAGCCACCCAGCAACGGCGGAUGAGGACCAAGUUCACCUCCGAGCAGAUCAGCAAGCUGGAGCGAACUUUCAGCAAGCACAAAUACCUGGGAGCCCUGCAGAGGAGGACGAUGGCCGAGAAGCUGAACCUCUCCGAAACUCAGGUGAAAACGUGGUUCCAGAACAGGCGGAUGAGGCUGAAGCGGGAGGUCCAGGAUCUGCGUCCUGACUUCCUGUCGGUCCCGGCCGCUCUGCUGCCGCCUCUGCUGUUUCAGCACCCGGUCCUGAGCGGACAGCUCCCCGCGAUCAGCAGCGGCCUCCACCCGCAGCUGCAGCCGCCCCGCGGGGCGGCCCUGCCCGCCACUCUGCACCAGCACGGCCCCCACCCUGUCAUCAUGCCCCCACACUUCUACUGA